UCUAGAAACUAACACCGUUUACUGCACCUCCUUGCUACACCACUAUCCUGCACGAAAAUUCCUGACCAGUGCGACACAUUCCUUCUAUCCUCUGUCGCGCUUAGUUACCACCUGUGCUACCAAACUUGUAAGACAACACUUCAACGAUGGACGCCUGAGCCCAAGAGGCUAUGCGCCCUUAACCAACAACAACAACAACACAGGGUGCUAUAUGCUAUGCGCCCUGAACCUACAACAACAAGGGGUGCUAUCGCCCUAAACCAACAACAACAAGGGGUGCUAUCGUCGCUGCCGUGCUACCCUGCGCUAAAACAAUCGCGUUUGCGGCCGGUGUGCAAACUAUUCCGAAGACAGACAAGCCAAUACCAGGAUGGAGGGUCUUGAGAAGUACAGGAUCAAAGAAGCGCCCGACGUGGUGCACUACGUGCCCGAGUUCGUGUCGCCGGCCGAGGAGAGCCGCCUGCUGGAGCACGUGUACGCGGCGCCGCGGCCGCGCUGGACCCAGCUGGCGCACCGGCGCCUCCAGAACUGGGGCGGCCUGCCGCACCCUCGCGGCAUGCUGCCAGAGCCCAUCCCCCAGUGGCUGCGGCUAACCAUGGAGCGGAUCGGCGCUCUGGGCUGCUUCGGCGAGCACCGUCCGAACCACGUGCUGGUGAACGAGUACACGGCCGGCCAGGGCAUCAUGCCGCACACGGACGGCCCGCUCUUCACGCCCGUCAUCACCACCGUAUCGCUCGGCUCGCACGCGCUGCUCGACUUGUACCGGCCGCGUCGUGACGCACAGGUACGCUGCCCGACCUGUACCGGCCGCGGCGCGACGCACAGGUAUGCUGCUCGACCUGUACCGGAGUCUUCACAAGAGGGCGGUCUUCAGGAGGAUUCGCCCCAAAAGGCCGGCCUGCAGGAGGAGGAGGAGGAGGAGUGUGAGGACGGCCGGCCGGUUCUGCUCGGCUCGCUGCUGCUGGAGCCGCGCAGUCUCCUGGUGGUGCGACAGGACGCCUACCACAGUGUGCUGCACGGCAUCGAGCCCGUUCGCGAGGACACCAUCACCCCGACCGUGUACAACGCGGCCGGCCGGCCGACUGGCCAGCGGCUGGUGCGCUCCACGCGGGUCUCCCUCACCAUCCGGCACGUGCCCAAGGUGCUGAAGGUCCGGCUGAGACUGUGACGACAGCAGGUCACCGGCGCCCGACGCCGGGCACCUGGUGACGUCCCGUGUACCAGACUUCAAGGUCCGGCUGAGACUGUGACGACAGCAGGUCACCGGCGCCCGACGCCGGGCAGCUGGUGACGUCCCGUGUACCAGACUUCAAGGUCCGGCUGAGACUGUGACGACAGCAGGUCACUGGCGUCCGACGCCGGGCAGCUGAUGAAGUCCCCUGUACCAGACUACAAGGCCUGCCUGCGGCUGUGACUCGGCGGGUUCCGCACCGCAUCUGUUGCGUUGUGAAGUCGCUCCGUCGGCGGACAGGUGGAGAAGACAGAAUGGGAGGUGGCCCGAGACAUGUCCCUACCUGGCGCGUGCCGAUUUGUUCAUAGUCACGCGCUGUCCUGAACUCAUGGUAUUUGAGUUAACCGUGAGUAUUGUAUUAGCUCUGUUGGUUGUUGCGUGCCGUAUAUGACAUGCGGAUGUAUUUUUUAGACAAUGCGCACCAUUCCUGGAUUCCAUGUGUAAUGCGCGCCCCGGCUUGUGGCUGGCUGGUUUCGGAUUUGCAUUGAAUUGUGUCCGUUGCAUUUGCAAUAAAUGGCGAACGAUA